AUGGCGCCGAGGCGCGGCCGGGGCCGGGGCCUGGCCGCGGCCGGCUCCCUGCUGCCGCUGCUCUGCGCCCUGCUCCGCGCCGCCGCCGACAGCGACAGCGACGCCCGCGCCGGCAGGGGUUGGUUGAAAACUUAUGGCUAUUUGCUUCCAUCUGACAGCCGAAUGUCUGCCUUGCAGUCGGGCAAAGCUAUGCAGUCUGCAGUUGCCACUAUGCAGCAGUUUUAUGGGAUCCCAGUAACAGGAGUUUUGGAUUCAACAACUAUUGAGUGGAUGAAGAAGCCUCGAUGUGGAGUUCCAGAUCAUCCCCACUUAGGCCAUAGCCGGAGGAAUAAGCGAUAUGCAUUAACUGGACAAAAGUGGAGGCAGAAGCAUAUAACCUACAGUGUACACAACUAUACCCCCAAGGUUGGAGAGAUUGAUACAAGGAGAGCCAUUCGUCAGGCAUUUGAUGUUUGGCAGAGAGUGACACCGCUUACCUUUGAAGAGGUCCCUUACCAUGAAAUUAAAAAUGACAGGAAGGAGGCAGAUAUUAUGAUAUUUUUUGCUUCUGGUUUCCAUGGAGACAGUUCUCCAUUUGAUGGAGAAGGUGGAUUCCUAGCUCACGCAUACUUUCCUGGACCAGGAAUAGGAGGAGAUACUCACUUCGAUUCAGAUGAACCAUGGACCCUGGGGAAUUCUAAUCAUGAUGGGAACGAUCUCUUUCUGGUUGCGGUCCAUGAGCUGGGGCAUGCAUUGGGUCUGGAACACUCCAAUGAUCCCAGUGCUAUCAUGGCUCCUUUCUACCAGUAUAUGGAAACACACAACUUCAAACUGCCCCAGGAUGACCUCCAAGGAAUUCAGAAAAUCUAUGGUCCACCUGUUGAGCCACUGGAGCCAACCAGGCCUUUACCGACUCUUCCUGUUCGCAGAAUUCAUUCUACUUCGGAAAGAAAACAUGAGAGACAACCAAGACCUCCUAGUCCUCCUCUGGGUGAUAGACCGUCUCCUCCAGGCACAAAACCAAACAUCUGUGAUGGCAACUUCAACACCGUGGCUCUCUUUAGAGGAGAAAUGUUUGUUUUCAAGGAUCGCUGGUUCUGGCGUCUGCGCAACAACCGUGUGCAGGAGGGCUAUCCCAUGCAAAUUGAGCAGUUCUGGAAAGGCCUCCCCGCAAAGAUUGAUGCAGCCUAUGAGAGGUCUGAUGGAAAAUUUGUUUUCUUCAAAGGAGAUAAAUACUGGGUUUUUAAAGAAGUGACAGCAGAACCAGGAUACCCUCACAGUCUUGUGGAGUUGAGUAGCUGUCUUCCCCGGGAAGGCAUUGACACAGCUUUGCGCUGGGAGCCUGUAGGUAAAACCUACUUCUUCAAAGGAGACAGGUACUGGAGAUACAAUGAAGACAAGCGAGCAACAGACCCAGGAUACCCAAAGCCCAUCACUGUGUGGAGAGGAAUCCCUCAGGCUCCACAGGGAGCUUUUAUCAGCAAAGAAGGCUUUUAUACCUACUUUUACAAAGGGAAGGAGUAUUGGAAGUUUGAUAACCAGAGGCUGAGUGUGGAGCCAGGCUACCCCAGGUCAAUCCUCAAAGACUGGAUGGGCUGUAACCAGAAGGACGUUGAACGAAACAAAGACAGACACCUCCCCCACGACGAUGUGGAUAUUAUGGUGACAAUAAAUGAUGUGCCUAGCACUGUAAAUGCAAUUGCAGUUGUGAUCCCUUGCAUUUUGUCUCUGUGUAUCCUUGUCCUGGUGUACACGAUCUUCCAGUUUAAAAACAAAGAGGUGCAGCAAAACGUUGUGUAUUACAAAAGACCUGUCCAGGAAUGGGUAUGACACAGCCAGCUGCACAUUUCAACUCAUUGCUCCGAUGAGGACUACAGACAAAAAAAAAUAAAAAAAAAAUUGCAUUCAAAAGCCUACCAAACAGAACUACUUCGAUGACCUACAAAUUUUGGACAUCCUGGGACAGAAAGAAGCUGAAAUACUGGAUAAAAUACAGGCAGCCUUGCAGUGUGGAGUCUUUUGCCUUCUUACUGCCUCAGUUGUGUGUCAGUCUAGGUGUGCCAUUCUCCACAGGCUCACUCUGCAAAUGUCAGAGACUUCAAGACAGAUUUUCUUCAAACUUUUUCAACUGACCUGGGAAACUUCCCUCAGUGCCCUGCACCAGUGCUCCCUGUUAAACCCAGCAUUCUCCAGUGUAGCUAAACCACCCCUCAAGACUCAUUUUUUUAAUAGCUGUCUCAUAAAUGGAAUAAGAUCAUGAAAUCUAUGAACAGGAACACUUCAGUAUCAUAAGCAGAAGGCAUUCUGAUGCUGAACCAUUCUAAAAGAUCUUCUUAGUUUAUUACAAAAUCCAGGGAAUUACCUGGAUACGAUUUUCCAAUACCUGCUGGUCAGAGGUUUUGUACAUUCAUAAUUAAUCAACGUUGUCACUCAGCACAGUGCAAGAGGAACCAUUAAGCACUCCAAGAGGUAACCAAGUAUAGAGCAGAAGCUCAAGAAGCACCAAACCAGACAACAUAACAUUACCUGGUAACAUCAAAUCCUAGAUUGGGACAAUCUGACGACAAAGUAAUUGGGUCUAAAGAAACCAGUCAUAGGAAUGCAUGUUUUUGUUUUGGGAGCCAUUCAUGAAAGGGAUAUUUAAAUAUCACAUGAUGCUGUUUUAAGCUCCCAUCAGCCAGAAACAAUGAACUGAUGGUUUUGAAUAUAAUGAAAAAUAUAUAUAGGAGUACACUGCACUCUGCCCCUGUUAAGAUGCUGGGAAAAGAUGAAUUAUUGUUAUGUGGCAUGUGUAACUAGAUUGUGGAAUUUGUUUGUUGGGUUUAAGGAGAAUGGAAAUGUUUGUUUGGAGUGA